AUGGAUACCUGGGACUUAGUAAAGUUUUUGAUUGUUUCCUUUUUGCCGUGGAUCCUUGGAAAGCUGUUCAAGGCGCUCGCAAAUGCUGCCAAAGCCCAACCACAGUCCGACAAGCAAUUGAUGAUCACCGUGCCAUCACUUUGGGAUCGCAUUCGUAUUUCCAUUCUGAUCGUUGCAGUGAUUAAUUAUUUCUGGAUUUCGCUUGGAGGCGGAUGUCCAAAAAACUUUUUCCAGCAAAUUGGGGCCGACGUGGAUGUCCCUAUAUUCCAGCUGAGAACCCAUUACACCGACUUUGUCACAAGACAAGCGGAGGCCUCAAAAUCGUUCUCAACUGUCUUUGAGACCCUCAAAGACUCUUGUUGCGCCAGUGGAGAUGCGGACGAAUUCGAUCUUUUCAGAGAAAGGCUGUGGAAUAGAAAGAAGCUGCCUUCGGUCCCCUUUUUUUCUUCUCAAGAUGACCCCCUCGUUUCCGAUGAUGGGCUGAAAUAUCAGAGGUUGCAGUGUCUUUUUGAGCGCCUCAAAAGCCCCUCUCGCCGCUCAAAUUACCUUCAGUAUGGGGAGCAUGCCUUCUUAAACUGUGACUGGUGCACCGAUGAAAUGGACUUUUGCCUUUUUGCCAUAUUCAGUGCUGCCAAGGAUUACUGCGUUUUCCUGGUCAUCAUUGGCUUGGCCUCCGUGAAAAAGGAAAAGGGAUCGUGGCGCAAAAUCCUGGUCGUUCUUACGCUGUUUUUUGGCAUUUUUGAGUCGCUUUAUUAUUUGGCACCCCACGAGGUUGCCUCUUUAGACAUCUAUGCAGAUCUUUUUUCUGAUGCCGAAAAUGUUGGCCUCACCCAAAAGCUGACCAUCAUCCGUCACCUUUUCUUUGGAGUCUGUUUGCUUGUUGCGCUCAUGUUUGACAAUGGAAUCCACACGACAAAUAUUGAGCAAAUAGCCGACAUCACCAAGCAGCACGAGUCGAUUAAAGAUUUGAUCAAUUUAGAGCGUCUUCAAAAAACGGUGCUCGUCGCCAACAAGGAACUUCGCAAACACUACAUCAGCAACUUUGAUAAAAUCGAGAAUCUCACAAAAGCCUCCCCGGAAGAGUUCAACAGACCCACCAAUUUUGAUGUUCUUGAUUCAGUUCUGGCUGCAAAAGAAGACUGCCAAUAG